AUGAUUAAGAGGCGGGGUGGUGUGUAUGGUGCUGGCAGUAACCAGGAGGGGCAGCUUGGUUUGGGCCACUGCAACAGCACUUCAUCCUUUCACCUGCUGCACCCCUUCUGCAACCAUGCACCAAUCAGGAUGCUCUCUGCAGGGUGUAACACCUCAGCUGCCUUAACAGAGGACGGGAGGCUGUUCAUGUGGGGAGACAACUCUGUGGGUCAGAUCGGUUUAGGGGACGAGGAAUUUGCAUCAGAACCCAGAGAGGUGACUGUUGGAGAAACAGUGAUGUGGGUCUCCUGCGGGUACCACCACUCAGCGUUUGUCACAGUGGAUGGAGAGCUCUACACAUUUGGUGAGAGUGCAGAUGGACGGCUUGGUCUCCAGGUGGAGCAGCUUGCCAAUCACAGAGUCCCUCAGCGGGUGCAGGGGAUUCUGGGUCGUGUCACACAGGUGUCCUGUGGCGGGGAGCACACUGUGGCACUCACAGAAGAGACCGUCUACACGUUCGGCAGGGGUCAGUACGGUCAGCUGGGCCAUGGGACAUUUCUGUUUGAAGUUGAUUUGCCAAAACCACUGGAGCACUUUUCUAACAGCAGCAUCAGACACAUCGCCUGUGGAGAAAACCACACUGCCAUGAUCACAAAGGGAGAAACUGUUCAGAGACUAAUGAUCAUUGAAGAUGUAGAAGAGAAAGGAGUCAACUCUGACUUUUUGGAAAAAAUGAGAACAGAGGUGGUUUCUACCAGUGGUGGCAAAUCCCUGCAAGGCUCUGAACCUGCUGAUAAAGAUCUGCUGGUUUCCCAGACAGACAAAGAGGAAACUCUGAGCCUGACUGAGGAAAAACCAAGGUGGGAGGAAAUUCUCAGUAACGCAGCCUCUCUUCUUCCAGCUGUUGGGAUAGCAGGUGCAGCCAUGGGGGUCCUUAGUGAGGCAGUGACAAGUGUGCAGGGAUUCCAGUCGGACAGUGACACGCCUAUCUCUACACCACCCAAAGCACCGAGUCGAGCGAAGCAGUUCACUAAGCAGAGUGCAAUUAUGCAGCCUUCUUUCUCCUCAACGUUGUCACGUUUUUCUUCAACAGAGUCGUUAAAUCCAACAGAAGAAAAAAGAAAGAAAGAUGCUCAAGUCAGUGUCCAGUCAGAGUCUGGGAAUACAGCUCAAGAAGAAGAAAGUAAUGGUACCACUCAUGACCAGUCAGGACAGGAAGGCGUCAGAACAGGUGAAGAUGUCUCACAGAGCCUCAGAAAAAGUGGCACGGACAUAGAAACAUCCCAGCAAGAAGAUGAAGAGGAGGAUGAAGAUGAGAAAGCCUCCAAAGUCUCCAAUGAAAAUGUGGAGGAGGAGGAUGAUGAGAAUAAUGAGGCAGAAGAAACAGAUGCUGAAGAUGAGGAGGGGAAAGAAGGAGGACAGGGAGAGAGUGGAAGCGAUGUGGAAGACAAAGAGGAGAAUAGGGGCGAGAGCAGCGUUGAUGAAGAGGAGAGUGUUUCUCAAGAGGGCGAGGAAGAAGAAGAAGGUGAGAAGAAAACAAGCUCAAGCGGUGAGGAAGAGGAAGAGGAUGAAGAGAGUGAGAAGAGCAGUGCUACAGAGCCUGAAGGGGAGGAAGAGGAGGAAGGAGAAGAAAGCAGUGAGGAGACAGGGGAAGGAGAGAGUGAGUCUGAGGCAGCAGAGGAGGAGGAGGAGGAGGAGGGAAGUGAAAGUGAAAAUUCCAGUGAAGAGGGGAGUAAAGAGGGGAGUAAAGAGGAAGAGGAUGGGAGUGAGGAUCAAGAAGAUGAAAGUGGUGAAGAGUUGAGGAGUGAAGAGUCAGAAGACGAUGAGGAGGAGGACAGAGAAGGAAGUGACACUGCAGAAUCUGCAAAAAGUGAAGAAGAAGAAAACGAGGAUGAGGAAGAGUCUGAAACUGAGGAGCAAAAAGAUGAUCAAGAUUCGAGUGAAAGUGAGGAUGAGGAGAAAGACUCAGAAGAAGGUGAAGAAACAGAUGAGAAUGAAGGAGAGGAAGAUGAUGAUGACAAGCAGGAUGAAGAGAGUGUUGAGGAUGAUGAAGAGGAAGAGCAAGAUGAGAAAAGCGAUAAAGAAAAUGAGGAGGAGGAAGAGGGUGAGGAAGAGGAGUUGUUAGAUGAGGGGGAAAGUGAGAAAGAGACAGAGGCUGCCGAGGAGGAGGAGGAGGAGGAGGAGGAGGAGGAGGGAAAUGAGGGUGAGGAAGAUGAUGAAGAUGAGGAGGGACAAGAUGAGCAAGAGACUGCAGAGGAGGAGGAAAAAAAGGGUGAGGAGGAGGGAAGAGAGGAGGUUACAGGGGAUGAAGAAGAGGAGGGUGAGGAAGAAGCUGCAGAGCAGGAAGAAGAGGGCGAAGAGGAAGAGAGUGAAGGUGAGGAGGAGAAAAUAAAGAAAAAAGAGAAAAGUAUGGAGACUAUUAAAAAGGCUAUGGCAGAGAUUGAGGAGGAAGUUGAGGAAGAGACUGCAGAGGAGGAAGAAGGGGGUGAGGAGGAGGAGGAGGAACAACAAGACGUUACAGAGGACGGAGGAGAAGAGGGUGAGGAAGAAGGUGAAGAAGAGAGUGGAGGCGAGGAGGAGGAAAAAGAGAAAAAUAUGGAGUGUGAUAAAAAGGCCAUGGUAGAGACUGAGGAGGAGGAGGAGGAAGAGGUGAGUGAGGAAGAGGAGAAUGAAACAAAGAUUAAACCAAAAACAGAGACAAGACUCGAAACUCAGAGAAAGGAAAGAAAAAUGGAGCAAACCGAAGGAAAUGACGAAAAUGAAGAUGCAGGUGAGGACGAGGAUGAGAAUGAGACUAAUGAAGAGGGAGAAGAGGAAGCAGAAGAAGAGGAAGAGGAGAGUAAAAAAGUGGAAGAGGAAGAGGAGGAAGAAGAAGAAGGAGAAGAGGGGGAGGAAGAGGACGAAGAUGAAGAGGAAGAAGAGAUAAAGGUCAAAUCAACAAAAAAAAAAGACGUCACACAGAAGUUGCCUCCUAAAGCUGCUCCUCCGGACAGAAAAGAGAAGCAGCAGAGAGAAACACCCAAACCAGCGCCGAGGACAAAGCAGAGAGCUGUGGGGGAGAGGAAGCCAGAGGAGUCUCAGCAGUUCUGGAACAAUGUGCUGCCACAGUAUCUGGACCUGCAGUGAAGUCACCACACAAGUGUUUAACUGAGAAAAAACACUGUCUCAAGCCAACAGCAACCAGCUGCCAAAAUGUCACGCAGCAAGAAAGACCUGCACGCUGUGA